CUAAAUUCAUCAAUUCACCCUGAUGGCUUUUCUAUUUUGUCCCGGACGUCGCCGCCGUCGCCCCAAAAAAGCCAUUCCGUACGAAUGGAUCUAUCCUCCACCACGACCACAACAGCAACCCCCUGGCCCGCGGCACCCGCAAAGCCAGUCGCCGCUCUUCUGCAAACUCCCGCUCGAGCUGCGGCUGAAGAUCUUCCGCCUUGCACUAGACUGCUCGCCCAUUCCCGUCCACACGCAAGGCCUCCCGCGCUUCGUCGGGUUGCAACAACCCGCAGUAGGAGGGCCGCAGGUUAUCGUGGUGCGCGAGGCUCGCCUGCUCAGCUUGUUGAUAACAUGCUCUCGCGCGUACGCUGAGGCGUUGCCCAUACUCUACAGCGUCAAUACGUUUUCCGUGGGCUCCCGCGACACAGUGUCGUUGCUCGCCGCCGCGUCAUACGCGUCGUGGAUCCGGCGGCUCGAGUUCCACUUGCGACUAGGCAAGCCGCCCAUCAAUAUGCAACGAUCAGGUCAGGGCUGGAUUAAGCGGAGACUAAACCGCAGAUUCACUCAGAGAGAAGAAUCCUGUCAUCGCGAAUGGCUAAAAGUCUGGGAGGACAUGCGGAAAUUGGAGGGCUUGCGGUGGUUGCAUGUUAAGAUCUACGCGGUCGGUUCGUGGCCUAAUAGGUGGCGCGACCACGAAAUGGAGGCUCUUAUGCCGCUGAGGGGUCUGUUGAAAGAUGAAGCGCAUGGCAAGUUGACGGUGAACUGGGACAGACCAGUGGCCCUAGGUACGGCCGCCGAAGAUAUGCUGAAAGAGUGGGUAAUUGAGCGAUCGGUAGUCUCAUGA